AUGACACGCCCGCUGCCUGGAUUGGAGCUGCAGGAGCUUGCUGGACCGUCCGGGUCGUCCGUCAAGGUCGUGGUCCCGCCCAUCAACUUCGCUAUGGUCGUCCCCGGGAUCUAUCGGAGUGGACACCCGAAUAAGAAGAACCUGAGCUUCCUGAAGAGCCUUGGUCUAAAAGGGAUCAUGUACGUCGAGGGCACGGAGGAAUACCGGAGAGACUCGCUCGACUUUGUACAGGCCGAAGGGAUCCAAUUGCACCGAUACGAUCUGUCCAAAGAAUCAUUACUGUUCACCCAGAAAGGCCGAGAAACGAUAUACGCCGCCCUGCGCCUUCUACUUGACAGCACCAACCACCCUAUCCUCAUUCAUGACGAUUCGGGCAAGUCGACCGCGACGCUUAUCGUUUCGCUCAUCAGAAGAAUGCAAGGCUGGAGUCUGACAGGAGUGUAUGCGGAGGGGGACAUGUUCUCGGGUCCAGCGGGAGGCGCGGAGGGUGAUGGAGUGGGCGAGGCAGGAAGAGAAUUCAUUGCUCUCUUUGAACCGAGAAAGUUCAAGUUUAAUCGCUCGGCCAAGCCAUCCUGGCUGGACUAG